UUCCUGGUUUAAACAUGUACUAAUAAUGUACUUUCUAUACAAGUCAGUUUAACUUCUGUUUAUUUUAGAGAAAAAUAAGUAAAUGAAGAUACGGGAUAAAAAGUUUGUUCUUGUGUGCUUUUCCUUAGUGAUAUAUAAUGUUGAUAUUACCAACUGCAUACAAAACUCAUGGAACUGGUUUGAAGCUCAACAACAUUGCAGCGAUUCUAAUGACACCCUAAAAACCAGUGGUGUAACUUUGAACUCUGAUCAGCACUGGACUGGUGUUUACCGGCGAUAUUCACCCUGGAUUAAACUUUUAGGGUGUUAUGAUUCUAAAGUCGUCAGUGAACAUAGAACGUUCAAUUUUUUUUUCAACGUUACAUCGGCAGGUUUUUGUCAAGAGAUAUGUGCAACUGUAAAUUCAACUCAUUUUGGAAUUCAGUCAGGAGAAUGUGUCUGCUUUGAAGGCUCCGUUUUUCCAGAGACCCUCUCAUCAGAUCUGUGCAAUAAAUCAUGUUAUGAUGUUGGAGAUAAAGGAGCAAUUAAGUUUUUGGAAUGUGGGGGUCCGAAUGCAUAUACUGUAUAUACUUCAGAAGCCGACAAAGUAAAAAGAGGGGGAUCAUGUCUUGCAGUAAACUGUGGUGGUUCUGUGCAGGGCUUUUCAUACUCUUCAAAUUGUUCUGAGUCAUACUUUGGAGCCUGUGUCUAUAAAGAAUAUCUAGGAUGUUUUAAAGACCAGCCAAAUCGAACCUUAUCUGGAAUCAACCGUAUAGGAGACUUUACUUUGACUGUAGAAAGCUGUAGGGAGUUUUGUACGGACUACCAGUUCUAUGGAGUUAUGUUUGGUGGAGAAUGCUUUUGCGGGAAUUUUUUUACAUCAUUUAUCAAAAAGCCUGAAAGAGAAUGUAAUAUGAAGUGUAAUGGGGACACAAGGCAAACUUGUGGUGGUGCCGACCGGAUCAACAUCUACAGUAAUUUAAAUUACGAGACAGAGAUAAAAACAAACUGGACAUCAUCAAUGCAGAUUUGUAAAACAAGGUCUCCCUCGUCUUACUUAAUUGGAAACGUCUCCCUGACUGACGCCACUUUAGCUUGUAAACAAUUGCAAAGGAGACAGAGAGGGAUAUCCUGGCUAAGCAUCGCAAAAGAAAUGUGUACUGGGUUUGAUCGAGAGACCCAGCUUAAAUUUCUGACAGGUGUUGCUGUUAAAAUCCAAGAAAAAGAAACGUUUCACCAGUGCCAAAAAUGCAACCGGACUGGCUGUGAAUUUGUCGAUUGUUUUGAAAAGCUUGAUUAUUUAAUUUGUGAAAAGGACUCAGGUUUUGAAAUACCUCAAAGGAAAGCGACAGAUUCCUUGAAUAACCAAGGACUGCUGACUGGAGUGGUAAUCUGUGGUAUACUAGUCGUUAUAUUAACUGGAAUCGUCAUCUUCUUAAUCAUCUAUAUUAUAAGAAUUAAGGAAAGAACACAUUCUUCUGACAAUAACAAGAAGAACUAUACAAGCAAUUCAUCAACUGUUGUGGUAACCGGUCGUCCAACGUCAGCCUAUACCACAUUAAAUCCAAGUCAAGUAAAUGACACAAAUGAACAGCAUUACACCGGAUUAUCGAAUGUUUCUGAGUGUAUUGAGAUUCACUAAUUAUUCGUGGUCACAUGUACAUUGACAAUUUUGUUAAAUAAUGCAGCUUAGAUGAAAGUUGUUUUAAUAAAAAUGAAGAUAGAAAAAAUAAGGAGGAGAAAAGAGACAAACUAGACAAGAGGGAAAGUUUUUGACU